AUGGCCCCACCGCCGAACCAAGCUGGUCCCAGUGCGGGAUCGUCCCAGACUCUAACUCUCUCAGAUGGGCUCAUGGCUCGAUUCAAACCAGCCAAAAUAUUCAAAAAUGCAGUUGAACCUGGUCCACCGACAGGCCCUCACGGACGGCCAUCGCACUUGGCAGCGAAGCAGAUAACUGGAAUAUGCUUCGAUGACAAGGGAGAAGUUCUCAUCACUGCUGGAGAAGACGAAACAACCGUAAGGACGCUGUACUCGAAGAAGUAUGGUGUGGAUCUUCCGAGAUUCACUCAUAAAAGCACCUCGAUCAUCUACGCUUCAACAAAGGAAGAUGACACCAUCCGCUAUCACUCACUUCACGACAACAAAUAUCUCCAAUACUUCAGGGGCCACAAAGGACGCGUUAUUUCUCUGGAAGUUUCUCCAGUGGACGACGGCUUCAUGUCGGGCUCGCUUGACAAGACGGUCCGCGUCUGGGAUCUGCGUUCACCGACCUGUCGAGGCCUUCUUGCCCUACCAGAAGCACCCGUCGUGGCUUACGACACGACUGGAAUGGUCUUCGCUGUCGGCGUGAACCGUUUCUCCAAAAUAAUGCUCUAUGACCAGGCUAACUUUGACAAAGCACCGUUCUUGACGAUAAACCUGAUAGACCCCUACCUCACCCAGGCAAGCUUCCCUCCACGCCCCAUCUUCAUGACGUCCCUCGCAUUCUCCACCAACGGGAAAUACAUCCUAGUCGGCUGCUCGGGAAGUGUACACUACGUCGUGGAUUCUUAUGAGGGCCACGUUCUGGCCCGACUCGAGGGUCACGUCGGUCUGGAAAGAAGAUCUGUAAACGCACCGCCGGAUAUUGAACCAGCAAAAGGGAUCAGCGGCGAAGAAGUUUCGUGGACCCCUGACAGUAAAUACGUGGUCAGUGGCAGUUUGGACGGCAAGAUUCAUAUGUGGUCGAUCAAGCGAAUGGAAGAAAUUCUGGGGGAGACACCGUCACUGCCUGAAGGCUCGCGCAAGCCGAUAAAGAUCCAAUCAUUUGUUCAACUCGAGGCAGAUGCAUCGUCGCCAACGCGGUGUUUGCGAUUCAAUCCACGACUAGGCAUGUUUGCUACUGCCGGUACUGAAUUGGCGUUCUGGUUACCCGACACAUCUGAUAACCCAGAUGAUGUGGCUAAGGCUCUUCUCAAGAAGAAACUCGGAACAUGA